CACACCCCUACCCUAAGUAUUUCUGGAGGGACGGAACGCUAAAUAUAUUUGAGAGUUUCCGCGUCUGGCUGCGAGGCAAAUGGAGUCCUGGUGGUCUGCAGCAGGAGGCGCCCGCCAGGCCAGCAAGGGGCCUGGAUCCAGCAGGAUUCCGUGCAGGAACUUUGCUCGUGGAGCUUGCAGAUGGGGUCAGAACUGCCGAUUCUCCCAUGAUAGGAAAUCAACCCAGAUCUGCAGGUAUUUCCAGAAUGGGUUCUGUGGAUAUGGAGACCGCUGCAGCUAUCAGCAUAUCUCAGAAGCUCCAGCCUUGAGCAGGUGUGGUUCAGAGUCUGCCUACUAUGGAUUGCAGGGAGGUGCCUUGUCGUUCAACCGCCGGGGCUCAGAGCCUGCCAUCUUGCCAGAACCUUCAGUGAGAAGUUGGGGUGGGGCCCGGCGUGACUCUGAGCCAGCUGUCACGAGCAUGUCCCAGCUACAGGCAAGCAUGGGGCACCUGAGCAUGUCAUUGGAGGAGGAGGAAGAUGAAGAGAAAGCCAUGAUGUCCUGGCAUCCGCCGGAUUGGGCCCUUAGUAAAGAAUUUGUCCCCAGGAAGGCCACUUCAGAUUCCAGAUCCCGUGAACAGAGACUUGACACUCCAUCCAUGAUGCCAGAAAAUGCACCCGCCAAGGAGGCUGCUCUUGCUUCCCCGGUCUCUGAGGAGCCAAAGGCAGCUGGUGGUUUGGGGGCAGCAGGGGCAGCUGCGGCUGCUACCGCCGUGGCACAGAGUGACGAUGUGGUGUGCGGAAUCUGCAUGGACAAAAUCUCUCAGAAGACCUUACCUGAGGAACGUCUCUUUGGCAUUCUUCCCAAUUGCACCCAUGCCUAUUGCGUUGGCUGCAUCCGGAAGUGGCGGAAAAGCCGGGAUUUUCACAGUACGGUGAUAAAGGGCUGCCCAGAGUGCAGAGUCACUUCAACCUAUUUUAUCCCCAACAAGUAUUGGGUUUUUGAUACAGAGGAGAAGGAAAAACUGAUUGAGAAUUUCAAGGCCCGGACUAGCAAAAUAAGAUGCAAAUUCUUUGUCAGGGGCAAUGGUCACUGCCCCUUUAAAUCGGAGUGCAUCUACCUGCAUGAGCUUCCUGGAGGCCAGCUGCCUGCUGCAAGGCCACGACACAGACCUGACCGGCGGAGGCGGCCACCCUUUGUCUACAACUUGUCUCCAUCUGAGAGCUCAGACGAAGAUGACGACAUGUACCUCAUCCAGUGGGCUCUCACCUUUGCGCUGUUACAAAGAGACAGAGACUUCGACUUUUCAGACUUUCUCUGGGAUUCAAGUGAUUCUUCUGACUAGACGGCGGCAACCGCCUCAUAGGAGGCUGUUGUGUUGCCGGCUCUGGGAACAGUCCUGAUGGUGUGUGGAGUUGUGGCUUGGAGGAUGGGUGUGGGAUGAAAGAGGUGUUGAUCGGUUUAAUAGCUCUCAGCAGCCUGCCAGGUCUUAACAAUAUUUUGACUGGGAGAAUCCUAACGCAAGGACUCAUUCUGUAUUGGGGAAGGCUGCCUGAUCCACAGGGCAAAGUAAUGCUAUCACCACUAUUGGCACAUCUUAUUUUGCAUCUCACCAAUCGCACUACCAUUCUCCUAUCGCUUGCUUGCCUGGAUCUUUACAUUUCUUCCCCACUGCCUUUACAGUUUCCCAACAUGGGAUCUGUGAAUAGCCUCCCAGCUGCCUCUCCUAGAAGGCUGCUGGGUUUUUCUGAUACUUCGAAUAGUUUCUGUGUGUUCUGGGAAGGCUGAGAGUUUAAGUGUGUUCAAGGCUGCUGCUUAUUCGUUUCCUCAGGAAGGCAGGUUUGCUGAGCAGUGCUAUUAUCUACGGCAGGCAGCACCUGCAUCUUGCUAUUGUAUAGAGGCCUAGGGUAUAUACACCGGAGGGCAGGAGGGAGUGUGGUGGGUGUAAAAUCAAUCAUGAAUUUUUAUUGAUGCAGUGAUCCAUUAGUAUUGGAGGCUUAGAAUGCAAUAAUUAAACCCUUGGGAUCAGUGAGCCACCUAUAUGUAAUUUUAAUUCUAGAAGGAUCUGGAGAACAUGAAAUAAAAUGAGCUUUAAAAAUGUA